AUGGAUUCCAAGGCACGCGCGAAAGUUCCUGCAAAUAACAUUAUUUCUGACUUUAGUAAUAUUCGAAUACCUCAAAAACAAGGUCAAGAUGACGAUUCUACUCUUAUAAGCCCUACACUUUUUAGUCCUACACAACAGAAUCAAUUAGAGAAUAAGUAUGAUAGUCGUUCUGAAGUAUCUCGUAGUAGUAAUUACACCGCGCGACGACCUAAAGUUAACGCCGCAAUGAUACAUGAAGAAUCUGAAGACUCCCACUAUAGAAGACAAAAUACUAAUUAUGAUGAAUCUACCCGAAAAGUUACCUAUAACUCUAAUGCUGAUGCAACUCGUAAUUACGCUCGUUCUGAUGUUUCAUGGGGAAGUGACCCUGGUCAAAAUACUAAAAAAUCAAUUUUGAAAUCAAACGAUGAUAUAAAUCAUUAUAACCGCGAAAAUUCAUCUUUUAAUACAAAUGAAUGGACUUCUCGACCAAUGAAAGUGAAGACCAAACCAUUUGAUGAUUCUAAUGAUUCUAAUUAUCAAAACGAUGCAUUUUCGCAUAAUAUUCAACAUCAAUUGAAUCCCAGAUAUAAAACAAAAUCUCCUCAUGGUUCUCAUCAAACUUGGUCCGAUGUUACAUAUCGCCAGGUGGAGGCUCGAACUGAGUUAUCUAAUAGAAGUGACCCAGGUCCACCAGCUUAUCUAUUACAACGCAGAACAUCAGACCAUGUUUUAUCACGUGUUCCCGAUUCAAUCGAUGAACAUGGUACUUUUGAUUCCAAUCAUCAACCUACUACAAAAUCGCGUAGGCCUCGAGUCGCCGCUGAUUCGAUUAUAGAUGUAACGAGCAUUCAAUCAAAUUCCCGUAGUGACGCAACUUAUGCACAAAGGGGCAUAGAAUUGAUGUCAUUAUCUUCUAAUCCUAAAAUUCAACGCAAAUUUCUUGAUCUCAGAAUUUCUAAUAAAUCACUCGCAUCGCUAAAUGCUUCUCUCACUGCCAAAGUCGAAGACCAAUCCAAUAAAAUAGCCAGUCUUUCUUCAUUUGAAUCGAUCGUUGCUUCACAACAGCAGCAGCUCGAUCAUAUUAUUAAGAUUGAAGAAAUGCUACGUGUUAUGUCUACCAAAAUUUCUGAACAAGAUUCAGAUAUUAAGUCACUUAAAUCCCAGAUAGGUGAAGCUUCGUAA